UGUUCCGUUUCUACUCCAAAGUCCAACAGUUUGUCUGAUAGUUUUCAUUAUUUUCCAAGCUUUCCUAAAUAGAAAUGUAUCUAAAAGGGAUUGACUCUCAUCUGAGGGUUUUGCUCCGGCUCAAAAUGUGUAUUUUCCUGCUGGCUGUGACAACUGCUGGAAUAUUUCUGGCUCUGCUUAAAUCUUCUGAAUUGACUGAGUGGAUUCAAAAUAAUUUGCAAAACACAUGUCAGUGUGUGAAAUGUUUUUCCAAAGAGGAUGAGUUUCUGAAUCGAUAUCUGAACCGUUCUAUUGAACCAUUUCUGUCAGCAAAUGUUGACCUGUCUGAGGAGGAAUUCAAAUGGUGGUCGCACUUACAGAGCAACAGUCAUAACUUCAGCUAUUUCAAAGCAACAAUUAAAACACUGUUUAAGAUAAUCCCACCAACUCCUGUGUUUGAAAAACCCCAAACUGAGGGUUGCAGAACUUGUGCUGUUGUGGGAAAUUCUAUAAAUCUGAAAGGAUCACAUUAUGGACCUCUGAUAGAUUUCCAGGAUGUCAUUAUAAGAAUAAACUAUGGUCGAGUUAAAGGCUACGAACAAGAUGUCGGGGCAAGAACAACACAUCGAGUCAUGUAUCCAGAGAGUGGCUCAACGUUAGAUAACACUACGCACCUUGUAUUAUUUGCAUUCAAGAUACGAGAUCUUGAAUGGCUGAUCAAGUCGCUGCCAACAGGAAUUUCUGGAAAUCAGACUGGAUCGGUUGGCUGCACUGGAGCAGCCUACCGACUGGGCGGGCGCUGCGCCGCGUACUCGCCGAUUGGGAAAGCGAUGUGCAAACGAUCUACUGUGGCUGCACCUUCGACUGCUGAUGAUCGCAGCGCGGCUCUCCCUCCCGAGCAGGAUGAAAUGUCAGUCAAUGACGACGAUGCUGUUUCUGUGGCGGCCUAUGGCACCGAUUUCUGUGAGAACCUUCCGGAGCUGGGCUCCGGGGCCUCUGGGCGCGGCAUGGCACUGCCUCUUGUGCGGUAUCUUCGACUCUUGGGCAUGCUUACAGCUGCGUCUGCCGUAGUGCCCUUGGGGCUGCUGUCAUUGCGGCCCCUCCAGAUGUGGUUGAACAGCUUGAAUCUGGAUCCCACACGGAACACUCAUCGUCUCCGAAGACUUCGGGUGGGGCCUCAGUGUCUUCAGUCGCUGUCCCAAUGGAGGCGAACUUUCUACUUCGGCAAUGCGAGCCUCGGCCUCCUCCACAUGAGCCGCCUGGUUUAA